UUUUGUGAGUCGACGGAGGCGCAUCAGUGAAUCAGUGCGCAGACCAUUACGCGACUAACAACACGUUGUUUUUGUAUUUGUGGAUAUUAAUACCGUAUUCUGUCGGUGCGGAGGACGUCUACACACACGGACAAGUGACCCACAGAGUGACCCGAGCGCUGUCGCUUUAAAGCGAACACCUCCCCCUCCCCCCAAUAUCUGAGCCCCCCAGUCACCCUGAUAACAUGGACGGAUUCUACGACCAGCAAGUCCCAUUUAUGGUCCCACCCAGUCAGCACAAGUCUCACGUGGAGGAACCAUCUCACAACAGGCCUCUGAACGACAGGAAAAGGAAGUUUGUGGACACAGAACUCGCCCAGGACACGGAAGAACUCUUCCAGGACCUCAGUCAGCUGCAGGAGAUCUGGAUCGCAGAAGCCCAGGUGCCUGAUGACGAACAGUUUGUCCCAGAUUUCCAGUCGGAUAGCUUGAUGUUUCAUGGCCCGCCGCCAGCCAAGAUCAAACGAGAGCUGACUCCCUCCAAAGAGUUUUCGCCCUGUCGCCAGGACAGGAGUCCCAUGCCCUACGGAGAGAAGUGCCUUUACAGCUACAGUGCCUGUGACAGGAAGCCCACUCCCGGGUUCAAGCCAUUAACUCCCCCCUCGACGCCCGUCUCUCCUUGCGGCCCCACCAGCACAGCAGGGACGCACCCACUGAGUGAGCAGACCCCCCCUCCUCACCCCCAUGUAGCCAACCCGACCCCAGGGCCACGUCCAGUGCACAUACAGCAGCCUAUCACGGCGAGCACAGGCUCUCCCAACCAGCAAGCACUCCCAGUCCACAGCCACAGCCCGCCCUUCGCCGUGCCGUGUGCACCAAUCAACCAGGAUGCCAACAGCUUCACACCUGAGCACAGGUUCCAGCGGCAGAUGUCAGAGCCAUGUCUACCUUUCCCCCCGUCAGAGAGUCAAGGGCGCCCCCAGUUCAUGCCCCAGCCUCCCAGCAGCAACAACAGCCUGCCACGUGACGGCCGGCCACCGUACCACCGCCAGAUGUCAGAGCCAUUGGUAGCCGUGCCACCCCAGGGGUUCAAGCAAGAACUCAUCGACCCACGAUACACAGAGCAGGGCGUACCCACCAUGGGCCCCCCAGGUCCACCCCAGGGCCCCCCGCGUCAGGCCGCCUUCCACCCCAUGGCCAUCAAGCAGGAGCCUCGUGACUUCUGCUUCGAUUCUGAAGUGCCUAACUGUCAGUCAUCGUUUGGGAGAGCGGGGAGCUUCUACCAAAAUAACCAUGAAAGUUUCUCCUUCGACAGAGAUCCUCAGCUGUACUUUGACGACACCUGUGUGGUCCCUGAAAGAUUAGAGGGUAAAAUCAAACAGGAGCCUGUUUAUCGGGACGGACCUCCCUACCAGCGCCGCGGCUCCCUGCAGCUCUGGCAGUUCUUGGUCACAUUACUGGAUGACCCAGCCAACGGCCACUUCAUCGCCUGGACUGGUCGCGGCAUGGAGUUCAAACUCAUUGAGCCUGAGGAGGUGGCUCGUCGCUGGGGCAUUCAGAAGAACAGACCGGCCAUGAACUACGACAAGCUGAGCCGCUCGCUGCGUUACUACUACGAGAAGGGCAUCAUGCAGAAGGUAAAGGUGGCUGGUGAGAGGUACGUGUACAAGUUUGUGUGCGACCCCGAGGCUCUCUUCUCCAUGGCCUUCCCCGACAACCAGAGGCCCAACCUGAAGGUCGACCCCGACAGCCUGCCGGGGCUGGACGACGACACCGUGCCCCUCACCCACUACGAGGAAAACGCUCCCUACCUGCUGGACGGUGGGGAGCAGUGCGUGGCAGGCUUGCCCUUCCCGGACGGCUACGGCUACUAAACGAGCAGCGGAGUCCUGAUGCACAACAUACACGUACACGCAGACACUCCCAAAAAGUUCUCGACGCCCCACUCUUAAAAUCCAGAGCUGGAACUGCUGAGCUGCUUGGAAAGGAAAAAAACCCUCGCGCUCUGCUCCUUCGUGGUUUCCUCUCCUGCUCCCUGGAAAACCUUCAUAAAACUCUGUAAAGCUCCCAAGCUAAGAAUGAAUGAGGGAAAAAAUGCCUGCGACAGCUCUUCUACCGCGCCAUCAUAUGAGAGAGAGGGUUGUGAAACCAGCGAGGGUGAACUGGACUGCAAGGGGCUGCUGUUGCUAUGGAGACCAAAUGAAAGCGAGGCCACACGCCGCCAACUUUAAAAGAACUGACACAACCCCCCGUUUGUACGAGACUGCAAGAGUUGUUGCAUUUCUGAUUUUGUGACAAUCUGCUUUUCUUAAAAAACAAUCAAGUAACCAACUGAGUCAAAACAAAUCUGAAGAGAUAUUCGCAAUGCAGCACUAUUCUAUAGUUGCCUUUUGGGUCCCCCCAUUUUCAUGUCACCACAUCUGAACUACGAGAUCCGUGAAAGGGCUUUAAUUUGCAAAAACGGAUUGACAAAAAAACAACACACGACAUAUUCUAAACCCACAGAUCAGUUUGUUUUCUGUAGAUAGAAGUACACUUUUCUUUUGUUUAAAUAUGCCAGCUGUUUUACAGUUUUGUUGACUUUAGAGACCCAGAACUCUCAGGUUUCUGGGGCGUUGCUGUAUUUCAGGCUAGUCGGUCGGGCUGCUCUCUCGUGUAAAUGUUCCGUUCUUUAAUCGUCGUAAGAGAUUGUAUCUGCUUCCCUUUAGAGACUGCACCCCACAGUAGGAGCCCACAGUCUAUACAGUACCCUCCUCUCAUGUCUGUUCAUCACUGCUGGGUCCUUUUAUCGCUACAAGUUCAGAGAUGGUCAGCACUCCCAUCUCCUCCAUUUCAAAAGGGAUACAUCCGUACAUAUUUUCCCCAGAGGCGCUGAUACUUCAUAAAAGUUAUUCUGUAUGAUAAAUGGUCACAUUGCUCCUCCUUUUUGUAUUUCUGUCUGGGUGCUUAAUGUUUCCUUGGCAGUGUACUAGUUCCUCUGAUGCACCAGUAUGGCAGGAGCAUCAGGAUGUUGCAUGCAAAAAAAAAACAAAAGGUGAAAUUUGGACACCUUCUCUUUGACACCUCUCUGCCAGUCACAAGUUGUCAACUGGAGGCUUCUCUUUGCAUGGUGUAAUCAGUCCAGACUGUGUGUCCACUAACAUAUCGCUUUACUGUCUUUGGACAAAGAAGAUAUUUGUGAUAUUCUCUGCAUUUUUUUUGUGUUCAUUAUCUAUGUUUCUGAAUGGGGGGCGAAGACAAACGUAUAUAAAGUAUAUAUUUUUGCUAUAAGGCUGCAUUUGUUUUGAUUUUAAUGUAUAAGCUGUAUAGUUCUGGCUCUAAUAGACAUGUACCUUUUUAAAAACCAAUCUCAAACCCUCUUGAUGCUACUACUGCAGACUGUUUGUUUAAGAGGCCUCUGGAGAAUGGAUGAGAAGAUGUUAUUAUCUUGCCUGUAAAGUGUGUGUGAGUGUGUGUGCAAAGGCCGGAGUUCCACCAAAGGCCACGGUGAAGACACACAUUAUAUUAUGGGAUCCAGCCCGGGCACAGGGAUUGUCUGCACUUGUAUAGGCUUCAGUCUCCCCCCACCCCCCCUCACAAUGUGUUUCUUACACGGCUGAGUUUAUGAUAAUCUGUACUGGGUACAAUAAACGGUCCUUUAUGCUUCA